GAUGGGUAUUCAAAUCAAAACAAGAAAAGGAAACACAAGAUCAAAAGUUGAUUCUUCUUCUUCAGAAAUUAGCUCUUCUCCUGGUGCGAAGACUCCCAAUUUAGUAGCCAGACUGAUGGGUCUCGAUCUUCUUCCUGAUAGCCAUUUACCCUCUUCACCAUCAUUUCAUGAAACAUCAAACCUUACCCUCCAAAACAAACUAAUAACCAGCCACAGAAAGUCUUUAGAUGGGCAUAUUAGAGGCACUCGUUCUUUGCCUGAGACACCAAGAAUAUCUUCAGCCAGAAGAUCAGACGUUGACCUCCACCGUCUUUCACUUCAAAUCAACAAAGAGAACAUGGGUGUGGGCGAAGAGACUGACUUCUCUCGUUUUUCUUAUUUAAGGAGAAAAGAACUCAAGCAAGAAGAUGAAUACAGAAGCCCAAGUCAUUCUGCAAGGCAAAUAGUGAAGCAAGUUGAAGAAAGUGUUGGCAGGAAAGUUGGAGUUGACAUAACAAACACUUUAAAGCACAGGGAACAAGAAAGAAAUGAACCUGUUUAUCAAAUAAAGGCUAAGAAAAUAAGUUCGAGGGCAGCUUUGGCAAAUGUUCUUGAUCAGUCCAGUCACUCACCAAGGCUUAGUAGAUUCUCGGAAUCCAAACAGAAAUCAACCACACAGUCGUCCAUUAUAAAUGACCACAACCACAUGCCUCAUCAGCCUCGAAAGCAAUCUUGUUCUCCAAUUUCACAAACCAAUAAUAUUAAUCAGCCACAACCCAUCAAAGUUUUCUCAUCAAAGUCCAAGCAACAACCAGUGCAAGAGCAGCAACAUGAGCAAAGACUCGCAAAGAGUUGCAAGAAAGUUGCGAGUGAAAGGUUCAAAAAGCCUCCACAAACAUCGGAAUUUUUUCGAAACAAGCAAGAAGAACCAUUUGUUCGUCCCUCCAAGGUCAACAGAGCCAAUUAUCCUGACAAGAAAUGCAAGAAAAUUCCGUUGUCAAAUGAGCUUCUCAAUGUCACCGUCCCUAAUCUUUUUCUCGUCAAGAAAGAUCCCUCUCCUCCAGCAACCAAAAUAACUCAAAAACAGGUAUCAAAUGCUGAAAGCUCGAAACGGGGCUCACAGUUAUCUAGUAAUUCGAGACAGAAGUACAAACAAGAAGGGACGCAUACGCUCAUUGCCCGAGAGACCAACGACAGCAGAGCUAACCGUGUCACCACCACCACCGUGGGAAGAGCUGCAGAGUAUGAAAAUGAGUACAUUACAAGAAUACUAAAAAGUGCUGGCAUUGACAAACAUACCCAAGUGUCCUUCACUCAUUGGUUCUCUCCUUAUCAUCCUUUAAACUCUUCUAUCUUUCACCACCUCGAAAAUGAUAUCAACAAUUACCAUUAUAAUCAUCAUCAUCAUUCUUCAUUAUCUCAUCAAUGUAACCGCAAGUUACUGUUUUAUUUAGCGGAUGAAAUUCUUGUAGAUAUUUUGAAGCCUUUGAUGAACAUGAAGCCAUGGAUUACAUCACAUGAUUAUGGAAGCAGUAGUCACAUGCACAUGACAGGGUCAGAGUUAAUUGAAAAGUUGAGUUCGCAAAUCAAAAGUUUUCCAUGUGCAGAUUAUCGUGUUCUUGAAGACAUUGACGCAAUAAUAGAGAAGGAUUUGCCACAAAUGAAGGCACAGAAUGGCAUAGCUUUUGAAGAGGAAGGAGAAGGGGUGGUGAUGGACAUAGAGAAGGACAUAUUAGACACACUCAUACAAGAAACGGCACUGGGGUUAAUAAGGAGUUGAAGAAGUGAAAACAGUGAAUACGUAAGAGAGAGAAUUGAGAAUGGGGAUUGGAGAGACAGGAAGCAGAGGGGUCACAUGGGUUAUUCACGUGAUGAGAUGCUAAUAGUCGGGGGGUUUUGAAGAGGUCAAGCUGAUUGGGUCAACUGCUAAAUUGGUUUCAAAGGUUACAAGGUAUUGGAGAUGACGACUGUUCUGUUGCUCCGAUGACACUAGCUUUCUCAGUCCUUUUAAAAAUACAAUUCCUUUCCCUCCUUCUCUCUCUCUCUCUCUCUCCACCUCUGUAUAUUUAUGGUGAUGGACUACUCUUAACAAGUUUCAGAAAGUAGCUGCUUUAUUUUCUCUGCAAUUACAGUUUAUCCGUUAAAUAUUUCAAAUACAAGUAAACUAUUCCUUUCAA